GAGCUGGAACAGAAGGCGGCAGUGCAGGGAGCCUGGCUUCUGAGAACGGGAGGAGAGCUGGAAGAAGUCUUGGCCUGAGAUCCAGUAGACCUGAGUUCUGAUCUAGCUCUGUCACCAGGGAAGCACCUUGGACCAGACAUCAUGAGCCACCUCCCCAUCCUGUAAUUCUUGCUUGAUCUUGGGCAAGAUCCUUUCCUUCUGGUGCCUCAAAUUCUCCUUCUCUAUGCCAAAUGGCAACAUUGAGAAGGGCUGUCCCCAGAGGGAGAGGGGUAGCCCUCUGCGGCCUCCUGCUCUAUUACAAUUGCACCCUCAGGUAUCAACAGAGUGAUGUAGUGUGAGCACCAUUAGGCUUUCCUUUCAAAGAAAAGAGGCAUCUUUUCCCUCUAUGUUUCCGAAUAUUAAAUAUACAUAGUUCCUAGAGAGAUAUGGUUUAUUCAUUGACAUUCACUUACCAAACAUUUAUUAAUUAAGUCAACAUUUCAUAGAACUACAAGCCAACAUGAGAGCUGGACAAGACCUUUGAAAUCAAAUUCAUUAAUAGAUGAGGACAUUCCUCAACUAGGGGAAGUGCUGACUUGCUUAAAUUCCAGUCUAUAAAAUUAGAAACAGAACCCAGGGAUUCUGAGUCCCAGUCCAGCAGCUUUCCAAAACGCUCGUUACUGCUUAUUGUGGCUUAGAGAACUAUCUACCUAAACUUAAAUAGUGGUAGUGAUGUUUUACCUGAAUACGGUCCUUUAAAAAAAAUUGUAUUUGAAAGUGAAAUGUCAAACGUUAGUUUUAGUUCUAAAUAUGGUAAUUUCCUUUAAGACAUUGCCGGUGCUGUCAGUACUCCCUGAGGAGAGAGACUAUUAGAAAUUUCAGAGAGAUACACACAGAGAGAGGGAGAGAAGCGAGUAGUUAGACUGGGGGGGUCUAGGGCCCUUUUAAAUUCUUGACUGAAAGAAGGAAUGCGGCGGUGAAACCGGCUGGGUGACCAACUGAGGGCUGUAGUGGCACAUCUUCCCCCCAAGGAUAGCUGCCCACACGGGUCGUUGGACCCUCCCACCACUACUCUGUCGCCUGCCUGUUCCUGAACUUCCACACUCGCUCUCCUGAGCAUAGUUAUUGGGAAGAGAUCGACCUCCAUCCGGAUAAGGCACUUUAAGUAAGUUUCAUGUGGCCCGGCGUGUCGGGAGGCAGAGCCGCGGCGCUCGCUUAGGAAGAGCGGGCUUCCCAGGAGGUGGGAAGGUUCUGGGUGAACUGGGAACCCAAAGGAGGCAGAGGCGGACAUUAAAGUAGGACAAAUGCUCCCUCUCCUCGCUUGGGCGAGGGAGGCAUGAGCGGGGACUCCGUCUCCGCCGUGUCACUCGCAUCUAACCGAGUGGAGCCCGGCUCGGGUCUGCAGUGCCUCCAUCGAGCGCGCUGGCCCGUCCACGCCGCGGCCGCCCCCGAUCCCGGAGGUAGCAGGAGCCCGGCAGGCCCCCCACUGCCGGCCCGCGGCCACCUCCGCCCCGACGCUCCUGCUCCGGACGAAUGCCGCCCCCCGAGCGCUCUCCGGGUCCCUCGCGGAGACUCGGGGGCGCCCGCCGCCAGAGCAGCCCUUCCCGCCUCCCCCGGCUGCGCUGCCCGGCCGCCGGGCCCACGGCCGCGACGGCACCUCCGGAGGCGCUCGCGCCGGGGCCCCGCAGCUCCCCAGGCAGGAGGCCGCGCGCGGCGGCCGUGGUCCGGGGCUGCGCGAGGUCCCGAGCCCGGCCGCGCCGGCGCGGACGGCCCCAGACCCAGCAGUCCCUGGCGGCGGCGGAAUCGCGGCGGCCACCGGCGGGCUCGUCCCACGCCGGGUCUGCGGGCCCAGGGAGGCAGCCGGGCCGGGCAGGGGCUGAGCGCGCCGCAGCGUCCCCGAGGGCUCGGAACUUACCCAACCGGCGCGCCGCCCGCAGCUUCGCCCGGAGGCGCCCACCGCAUCUGCGACCCGAGCAGGUGCGGGAACCGGCGCACCGUCGGAGCACCGCGACCCGCGGGCCGGGACACGGUGGCGAGCGCGGGCGGCGCCCCCAAGGGCAGAUCCACCGUCCCCGCUGUGCGCCGGGGAGUGGGACGUGGCAGCCCACAAAGGAGCCGCUGCUCCGCUUCUGUGCCAGGCACGGCGGAGCGCAGCUCACGCUUCCCGGCCCCUCCGGCCUGGAGCCCUGCCCAGCCCCUGCAGCUUCUGCUGUGGGCUGCAGCUCUGACUCGGUCAAGUGAAGGAAGGACGGCCGUUGGUCGGCACCACAUCUGA